CCACUUACCCAACCCCCUCCCACUGUCCAUCCUGCUCCAAGGCUUCCAUUACCGCAUUCAGGCUUGCUAAACAAUCGUGAGCAACCCGGGACAAGUACUGUGCCCAGUCUUGCACCAGUAGGAGGAAGACUGCCUCCUCCCUUACCGCCUCAGAAUCUGCACUACUCCGUGUCAGAACAUACGUAUGAACCUGAUGGGUACAACCCUGAAGCUCCAAGUCUUACAGGCACAGGUAGAACUGGGUACCGGCCAUUUUAUACACGGCCACAGCAACAAAGGUCAAAUCUGAUAGGUUUGACAUCGGGC